AUGUACAAAACGCACGUCCCACACAUGGACAACACACUGCAAUUCAAUGGCACAGUACAUGAUGACGAUGCAAGCGAUAUAAAAAUAACGAGACUUAAACAGGGUCAUUUAUUCAGUGUGGAAGGAUCCAAGAACCGGAUAUCUGUGAGAGCACAACCCGAUGAAAUAACUCGGCGGGCAGAACAGAUCGGUGCAGCACACAUUGAUAGGCUUUUGAUAGCUAGCCAAUUAUUUGUGGAUUUUGAAUUUUCGGAUUUUCGGAUUCGGAUUCAUAAUUUUAAAUUGAAUUUGAUUUGGAUUUGGAUUCUUGGUACAAUGAUUACAGUGCACACCAUAUAUGAUGAUUACCGCGAAAAAUACCAGCGCAAUUGUUUCAAACCAGUGGGUUCCAUGUAGGAACCAACCGAUUCAACUGAACACUACACAAAUGGGGUAAACACAUGGUAGACACAUGACGAAUAAACAUUAAUGUAAGCGAUUUUGAGUGAUUGGAACAAAAGGUGAUGUGCACGACGUAAACAAGACGGCAAAGCAACACAAGAACCGUGAUGAUCAAGGGGAAAAUGGUAUUCGAAACACAAUGUUGGGGUUGAUAUGUUGAACGAGGGACUGCGACAGUGGAGUAUUGUCAUUUGAUGACAAAUGUCC